GAGUGGCGGGGCCCGCGGCGCUGUGUGCUCACCAUGGACCCGAUCCGGAGCUUCUGUGCGAAGCUGCGGUCUCUGGCGGUCACCUUGGACAGCGAAACGGCGCGGCUGCAGCGGGCGCUGGAGAAGGAAGACAGCGACUUUGAAGGUUAUGCAGUGAGAAUUUUACAUGACCUUAAUUCAGAAGUUCGGACUCUAAAGGGUAAUGUCAAUAUUCUUCUUGAUAAAGCAAGUUUGGAAAGUCAAGAAAGCAUUGGUUUCAUAAAGGCAACAAAAGUACUGAUGAAAAAAACCUCAGUGGAUAUUAUAAAAAUAAGAGAGCUUUUCCAGAAGUAUGGAUAUAAUCCACGGGCCAAGAAAAAUUCAGAGGGUGAGCAAGAAGCCAUUGACUCUAAACCAGAGUCCACUAGAGAUGAAAACCUUCAAAAGCCUGAUGUAAAGGAUGAUAUGUCUAAUCCUGUUGUUCCAAGCAGCUCUGUUUCUGAGAAGAUUCCAUGUAGUCCACAACUUUCAGAUUUUGGACUUGAGCGGUACCUGAUAUCGCAAAUUCCACCAAACCCUCCACAGGCAGUAAACAAUCAUAAGAAAGAGCCAAACAUGUUAACUCCAUCUUCCAAACAGUCACCAGUUGAAGUACUAAAAACUCCAAAAUGUGCACUAAAUAUGGAUGAUUUUGAGUGUGUGACUCCUAAAUUAGAGCACUUUGGUAUCUCUGAAUAUACUGUGUGUUUGAAUGAAGAUUACACAAUGGGACUUAAAAAUGUGAAGAAUAAAAGUGAGGAAGCUGUAGAAACAGAACCAGUGUCCAGUAAUAGCACCACUGCUAGCCUCAUAAACCAGCAAUUGGAAAAAAAUGAUGAUGAAUAUACAAAGUCUCCCUUGGCACCUACAUUCUGUACUCCUGGUUUGAAAAUUCCUUCUACAAAGAACGGAGCAGCUUUGGUAUCCACAGAUUAUCCAUUAUCAAAAACAAACAGUUCAUCAAAUGAUUUGGAAAUGAAAGACUAUACAUCGUUAGUUUUAAAUUCAGACAAGUGCUUUGAGAGCUGUGCGGAAGCUCCCUCUUCCCCUGUGAUUUCUUCUUAUGAGAAUCUGCUCAGAACACCUACACCUCCAAAAGUAACUACAAUUCCAGAAGACAUUCUCCAGAUUUUAUCAAAAUACAACCCAAACCUAGCUACUACUCCAGUAGCAGUUAAGGCAUGCCACCCAGCAAAGCAUUCUUUACUAGAAGUGAAGGACGGAACAUCUGAGAUGUUGGCAACAAGAAAACUGGUGAAAAAAUCCUAGUGGAUCCAUCCGUCCAUUAAUAGAAACUGAACAGAAUGAGAUGAAAUCAAAGCUGGACUUAUUUUGUUUUCACAUUCCCGUUUCUCCCUUUCUAAAAAUCAGUCCAUAUCAAAGAUGAGUUUGGAUACUGAUAUUAUAAUUUGCUUUUUAAGUUUUGAUUUACUUUAACCUAAAUCUUGACAUGCAACUCACUUAUUGUUUUUAAAUAUCAUUACUAUUUCACUGAUAUCAAAUUUACCCUACCUAAUCUAAUCAUGGAUUAAGUAAUUUCUAGGAAGCAGGAUCAAUAACUUUUAAAUUUUAAGUGUUACUAUUUGCUAUUCAAGUAAGGCCAUGUCCAGCCCUCGCCAGUUUGGCUCGGGAUAGAACAUCAGCCUAUAGACUAAGGGUCGGGGGUUCAAUUCUGGUCAAGGGCACAUAACUCAGUUACAUGCUCCAUCUCCGUCAGGGCGUGUGUGGGAGGCAACCAGUCAAUGUUUCUCUCACAUCCAUAUUUCUCUGUCUCUGUCUCUCCCUUCUAUGCUAAAGAAAAAAGGCCACCUCCAGUCUUCUUUGAGCUGGGUAGUUCCUGCUGUCUGCAAGAGCAGGCUUCUUAACCCUAACUGCCCUUCUCCUGUCUCCUCCCAGUCUCUUAUACCUUUUAUUUGGUAACAUACUCACAUUGCUCUUUUAAAACAGUUUACAAAUGACAGCUUAAUUUAGGAAAUGGAGAAUUUACAGACCAGGACAUCUGCACUGUAGUAGGUCUCAAGUGAAAUCACCUGCUGUCAAUUUGGGGGGGUUUUCCUUCCAACUUUUUGCUUAGUGUCCAUUUCAUCCUCUCAACUCAGCUGUUUCCCCCACAUGGCUGCUGACCUCUCCAAGUUCCACUUCAGUGGCUACCCACCAACCCUGAGGCCUUUGUGGAAGAUUCUGAUGAUUUCCUGGGCCAGGUGUGCUUCUCUGGAAUGUCGACUGUGACCACAGUAACAAGGAAACUGAAUGUGUCGAGAGCUAUCUAAUAGCUUCCCACUGCCCUGUCCAUCAGGCCCAAGAUCCUUCCCAUUUAAGUAUAACUGAACAGUAAUCUUAUCUAAUUAAGUCCAUAAAAGUACUUUGGCAAACAUUUCAGAUGGCCAAUGGGAAAAUAAGGACCUAGUGUAUAAUGACAAGGUGCUUCACUGGCUUAGCUUUGGGGAAUUUGAUGUGGUAGAAUACCCUCUUCUGUGACUGUGCCUUGAAAGUCAAAUGUAAAGACUUGCUCUCUUCAUUUUGUCAGAAAAUAGUCAUUAAAACAAAACUUGACUUAUUCU